AUACGAAGAAGUUGUUGGUUGAUAUUUCCAAAUCCCAACCAACUUAGAAAAUAUCUUCCUUUGGUUGUUAAAAAACCUCAAACCUUAUCUUCUGUCAACUCAGAGAGAAAAGAGGGAUGGAGUCUGUUAGAAUGCCAAGCAGGAGUGAUACACACUUGAGCAAAGAGGAAGAAGAGAAAAUAGAGGAAGAAACCAAGGAAUAUUUUCAUGGCUUAGCUCCUAAACGUCACACUAAGCCUCAACGAAGCGAGUAUUCCACCAAUUAUAUUGAUGUUAAUAACACUUCCAACAUCAUCCCUGAAUAUGCCGAGUUUCAACGCCUCGAAAAUGAUCAAGAGAAAGUAGAGUACAAGAAUGGAAGCCAAGUGAGUGAGGAGUUUAUAGAGACAGAUUAUUACAAGGAUCUUAAUUGUGUGGAUAAGCAACAUCACACGACAGGAAAAGGGUUUAUCAAGAUGGAGAAUGACAAUGGAAAAUCUUACUACAUUGCUCCUGACCUGGACCUUAGUCAUCAUGGUGCUUCAAAGGGAAAUCCAGCAACCAACGACUGGAUACCGUCUGCAGACGAUCAGGUCGCACCCAUUUCUGACAAGCCAAGCAGGAGCGAGAACUAAGUUAAAGAUAGGGCUGGGUUUAUUGCUGCUAGUGAAAGUGCUUGUAAAAUCUUUUACUACUUCAUGAUUCAAGGUUUAUUUACUAAAGAAGCUGCUAUCUGUUGCUGCUAGUAGGAGAUCUUGUAAAACGUCUUGGUAUCUGAAAAAUAAGAUUAUGUAUUUUGCCACUAA